UUUUCUUCUUUUAGUCUUAGGAAUUUUCACGGGAAGGAGUCGUCUCCUUCUCAUUCAGGAGUUUUAGGAUAUUUUUACACUAUUAUUAAUACUAUCUGAAUUUAUUUCCUUGCUACAUUCUUUGCAUGAUAUUGCUUAAACUAAUACUUCACAUCUCAGAAAAGGUCCCCAGAAAAGUAAUACAUUGGUAAAGUUCAUGAGCAAGGAAUAACUUCUGACCAAUCACUUAUCCAACAUGUAGGCUACUUCUUUUUGUAACUUUAAAAAAAUUGGAGAGAAACAUUUAUGGAUAGAAAGAUACCAAGCCUUCAAAGGAAUAAAGAGGAGCCCAGAAGGAUGCACAGGAUUUUUAUGCAACAUAACAGAGCAGCAAGUUAAAGAAAAGUAUGCUUUUCAAUCAAGUUUUAAAGAUACAAAACCAGGCCUUGCAUGCAAAGCAUGAAUAUGGACAAGUUUCCCAUGCUUAUACUGCUUCCCCUUCAAAUAAGCAUCAAAAUCAUGGGAACAAACAGUUCUUUGUUGCUCUGAAGAAAGUUUUGGAGCAGCAGAGGGUUGCUAAAUAAUGGAGAGCCUGAUUAGGCAAACGAGAGUGAAAUUUUCUGGUACACGGCAGGAUAAUAAAGAGGCCGAUGGGAGCAGUGCAAAAGAUAGAAAAAUACCACCCCAGAAAACACAGUCGUUUGCAGAGAAAAGAAGAAGCAAGAGCUGGAUAAGAAGACAGUGGUCGAGACAGAUGAGUUGGGAUUAUGAUUUCAGUGGUUCUGAUUACCCUGCUGCAGUUGCAGCAGCAGCUUAUGCCAUUCAAUCACUCGAAGAAUCAAAAACUAGGGAUCAAAAGGAGACAACUUACGGCCCUGAUAAGUCCGUUAACAAGACGAAAAGCAAAGUAGAAAUGGAACAAAGACAAGUUCUGAAGAUCCUGAUGACAAGUUGUCAACAAGCACCUCCAGCAGUAAAAGGCCACCUGAAAAGGCACCAUCCAUCAAGAAGAGAAUAAGUUUUGCUGAUACUGAUGAAACAAAAAGUAACAAACCUGAAAAGCCAGCACUCCAGAAGGCCCCUGAACCUGCCCCAUCCAUGAAAAAGCCUCCAACUUUUACGGAUAAGCAAUUGAAUAUAAUUGAAGGCAAAAGGACAGACACCACAGUGCCAAAGCCUGAUCGUCCAGCCCCUGGAUUGUCCACAACUCAACCUGUAGAGACAAGAAGGCAGAGUGCAACAAAACCUGGACCUGGAGACUCUAAGGCUGAUGAUUGGGAAAAAGAAGAGCUGGAAAGCAUUAGAGAGCGGUAUGAGAAGCUGAGGGCCACAAUUGAAAACUGGGAGACUAAGAAGAAGAAGAAGGCAAAACGUAAACUAGAAAGGAUAGAGGCUGAAUUGGACAAGAGAAGAGCGAAAGUCGUGCAGAGCUACCACAGUGACAUCAAAAGAAUUGAAGGGAUUGCAGGAGGAGCGAGGGCGCAGGCAGAGAAGAAUCGCAAAAAUGAGGAGCUCAAAGUGAAAGAGAAAACAAACAAAAUCAGAUUAACUGGAAAACUGCCAGCAACUUGCCUUUGCUUUUGAAUUCCAGCAACACUAUCUUCGAUCAAAACAUUGUGAAAUUGUGAAUAUGUAUGGUUUUCUAACAAAAUUAUUAGAAACUAGAGCAGUGAAAUUCUUAAAUUUGCACGAAAGGGAAGAACUUAAACAGAGCCGCUUGCUUUCUCUUCGCAAGAUUUCACUGCACGGAACAAUCUUCAAAAUGCCCAUAAUGCACCAGAAUGGAUAAAACCAAUAAUGGGACCAGUAGAAGCAUCCUUUUGUUUAUCCUUUUAGCAAAUAUAAAUAUGGAAUUACCAAAGACACUUAGAAAACAGUACUACUUCAGAAUGCACAAAAAGAUGAAAUGCAAAAGCAAUUAUGAGAUACCAGACCAUGAUAGUUUAUCUAUUCCGGGUAAAGAAAUUCUGAACUCAGAAUAACAUUAGAUCAAAAAAAAUUAAGCUACAGAAAGGAACAGAAAAUUUUAACAGCAGGCCGAUCCAGAACACUGCAUAUACCAUGAAAUAUUCUAGAGAAUUAAAAAUAACGGUAGCGGCAAGAUGCGAUCCAGGCUUCACAGAUUUAGGUCAUCAACAUGACCACAAAGGUAGGUUACCGCUCAAAUCUACUUCAAGUUUUGGAUCAAAGAAGAACAAGAGACAAAAAUGAAAAUAAGUCAGACUAUCACUGGAUUAGAUUCAAGUCUCCACCAAAUAUCAAAGUCACUACACACACCCCUAGAGUCUCAAAGCCUUCAAAAUGUCUAGAGCAUAAUAGUUACAGAAUUCAACAAAUUGCACCAAGGACAAGAAACAAAAAGAGGAAUCUGGAACACUUCAGAGCAGCCCACUGGAGCCCCAGAACAAAUUCUUGCAUAGCGUGUGGCCACACCAUAAAACAUAUGGAAUGUACUCAACGAUGUUAAAUGAUUCCCAGCAUAUCUGAUGAACCAUCGCAAGCUCUGGCAAGCUCAGCAAGUGCACGUCCAAAAUUUCUGGGGUCACAUGAACCCUCUAUUUCUACAUUUACACUACAUAACAGGCUUACUCUUUGGCAACUGUGAACUAAAUCUUGUUAUUUAGUGCAAUUGACUU